CAGUCCGCCACGGCCCUCGCUUCUGCUGUUUCCGGUAACUCCAACCGCCAGAGCAAAGUCAUGGACAACCGCCGCGGCUCCCUGCCUUUGAAGAUUUUUUAAACACGUGUCGGGAGUUCUGGAACACCCCCCACCCUUUUCCCGCCUGUUUUUUAAUUUUAUUUUAUGGGGGUGAUUUUUCUUAUAGGAAUCUCUUCCUCCCCUUGACCUGUUUCCUACUUCAGGGGGGGAAAUCGGGGGAAUUUUAACUUGCAGCCUUUUUCCUGAUUUAAUUUUAUUUUGUAAUAUUAAAAUCUGAGAAUGGGCAAUGCAGCCAGCAGCAUGGAAAUGUCUCCAGCGAAGGAGAUUAAAAGCCAACCAACCGCUUCUUCACCUUUACCCCCCAAACAGCCUGCACCCCCCAAACUACCCAUGCCCAGUGCCGAGGAAUUGGAAGAACGAUUUGGACAUGUUCUGAAUUCUAUGAACCUGCCACCAGACAAAAUGAAGCUUCUGAGCCAGUAUGACAAUGAAAAGAAAUGGGAAUUAAUAUGUGACCAGGAACGAUUCCAGGUAAAGAACCCACCAUCUGCCUAUAUCCAGAAAUUGAAGAGCUAUCUGGACACGGGUGGAUUCAGCGGAAAGUUUAAGAGACGAGUUCAAGAAUCUACCCAGGUUCUUCGGGAAUUAGAGAUAUCUCUGAGGACAAACCACAUUGGUUGGGUCCAGGAGUUCCUAAAUGAAGAGAACAAAGGUCUUGAUGUGUUGGUGGAUUAUCUUGCUUUUGCCCAGUGCUCUGUCACGUUUGAUAUGGACAGCACUGACAAUGGGAGCCCUGGGUCCGACAAGGGAAAAGCCCUGGACAGAUCUGUAGAGGACCUCAGCAGAAGCAAUUCCUCCCCCACACAGGGUUCCACCAAAACGAGGCACUUGACUGUCAGACUCAAUCUGGCACACAGCAGGAAGGCCCUACGGAACUCACGCAUCGUCAGCCAGAAGGAUGAUGUUCAUGUCUGCAUCAUGUGUCUCCGUGCCAUUAUGAAUUAUCAGUCUGGAUUCAGCCUUGUGAUGAACCAUCCAGCAUGUGUAAAUGAGAUAACACUCAGUCUCAACAAUAAGAAUCCCAGAACUAAAGCUCUUGUCCUUGAGCUGCUGGCUGCUGUUUGCUUGGUCCGGGGAGGGCACGACAUUAUUCUGGCUGCCUUUGACAACUUCAAAGAGGUUUGUGGCGAGAAGAACCGUUUUGAGAAGCUGAUGGAGUAUUUCCGAAAUGAAGACAGCAACAUAGAUUUCAUGGUGGCUUGUAUGCAGUUCAUCAAUAUUGUGGUUCAUUCUGUGGAGAACAUGAACUUCCGUGCCUUCUUGCAAUACGAGUUUACGCAGUUGGGACUUGAUGAGUACCUAGAGAAGCUGCGUUGUACCGAGAGUGACAAGCUGCAAGUGCAGAUCCAAGCCUACCUGGAUAACAUCUUUGAUGUAGGUGCCCUGCUGGAGGAUACUGAGACCAAAAAUGCCAUUCUGGAGCACAUGGAGGAUUUGCAAGAAGAGGUUGGACAGCUCACCGAGAAACUCCAGGAUGCAGAAAAUGAAUCUGUGGCCAAGAUUGCUGAGCUAGAGAAACAGCUGUAUCAGUCACGCAGUGAGCUGGAGGCCCUGAGAGCAAGAACAAGUGAUGAGCCGAACAAACUGGAUCAAAUCAGCAAAGCUAACAAGCCAGAAAGUCCCUCUUGGCUCCCAAUGCAGCUGCUACAAGAGGCAGAAGUAUCCCCACAAUACUCUGCCUUGGAGCACAACCUGGAAAAGCUAGAAGACAGGGGUUUAAUCCGGAUUCAGCGGGGGCCUGGCGGUGACAUCAUCAUUGGCAUUGAGGUCAUCCCUGUUGUUAUAGAAACUGCAGCAGCCUCCUCCGUUACUAUUGAAGCAUCUUCAUCAACUAGCACAGAUUACCCCUCCCCAUCUACAUCCCCUGUUCCCUCUCUUGCUCCAGAAAUACCACCAGCACCACCUCUGCCUUUCAUGAAAGACAGUGACUCUGUGGUUUUCCCAUCUUCUCAAGAGGAAGACCUGUCACCUCCUCCUCCUCCUCCUCCACCACCACCACCACCACCCCUACCAUGGGCCAGUGAGCCUCCACCUGCCCCACCACCAUCUGUGGUUGGAACUGUACCCCAAGCCCCGCCACCGCCACCGCCGCCUCCACCGCCCCUCUUAGCAUUGGAUGGCCCAGGUGCUCCUCCUCCCCCACCCCCUCCUCCCCUGGCUGAUGGAAUGACUCUGCCAGCAAGUACAGUCCCUGCAGCUGUCAAGAUCAAGAAGCCUAUACAGACCAAAUUCCGCAUGCCUGUCUUCAACUGGGUUGCUUUGAAGCCUAACCAGAUCAACGGGACUAUCUUCAAUGAACUCAAUGAUGAAAAAGUCCUUCAGGAACUUGACAUGAAUGACUUUGAAGAACAGUUCAAAACCAAAGCUCAGGGUCCCAGCAUGAACCUCAAUUCCAUAAAGGCAAAGACAUCACAGAAAGCUCCCAGUAAGGUUUCACUGAUUGAAUGCAACCGGGCAAAGAACCUGGCCAUCACCCUCCGUAAAGGGGGGCUUGCUGUUGACAGCAUUUGCAAAGCCAUUCAGAUAUAUGACUUACAGACCCUCAGUCUGGAUUUUCUGGAGUUGCUGAUGCGUUUCAUCCCCACGGAAUAUGAGUUGACACUAAUCCGCAAAUAUGAGAAGGACCAGCGACCACUGGAUGAGCUUUCGGAUGAGGACCAAUUCAUGAUCAAAUUCAGCAAAAUUCCCCGCCUAACAGAACGCAUGAACAUCAUGACAUUCUUAGGCAGUUUUGGAGAUACAGUACAGCUCCUUCUGCCACAACUAAAUUUUGUGAUUGUUGCUUCAAUGUCACUCAAGUCAUCUACCAAACUGCGCCAGAUUUUAGAGAUUGUCCUGGCAUUUGGGAAUUACUUGAACAGCAGCAAACGGGGAGCAGCUUAUGGAUUCCGGUUGCAGAGCCUUGAUGCGCUUCUGGACAUGAAAUCAACAGACCGGAAACAGACACUACUUCAUUAUAUAGUGCGGGUGAUCCAAGAGAAAUACCCUAAUUUCCUGAACUUUUCCAGUGAGCUGCACUUCCUGGACAAAGCAGGGACAGUGUCGCUGGACAGUGUGCUUCAAGAUGUGAGAAGCCUGCAGCGAGGCAUGGAGCUCACACGCAAAGAGUUCAUGCGCCAGGAUGACAGCAUCGUUCUCAAGGAUUUCCUAAAGACCAACACGGAGAUGUUGGAAAAGCUUCAGGCAGACAGUAAAACAGCACAGGAGGCAUAUGAGUCCACAGUGGAGUACUUUGGGGAGAACCCCAAGACUACCCCGCCAACUAUGUUCUUCCCCACAUUUGUGCGCUUUAUCAAAGCAUACCAGAAAGCAGAGGAAGAGAUCCAAGUGUGGAAGAAGCAGGAAGCAGCUGCCAAAGAGGAGGAGUCAGUUUCCCCCAGCAAAGAGGAACAGGCAGUAUCCAAGCAGUCUCCUACCCAUAAGGCCAAGCGGCAACAGAUGGACCUCAUAGCUGAGCUGAAGAAGAAGCAGAUGGUGAAGGAGCCUCUCAUUUAUGAGGAGAAGGAUGGUGCCAUUGAGGACAUUAUUUCAGGUUUGCGUACCCAGCCAUACCGGCGGGGGGACACCAGUCGGCACAGUGGCAGGAAACGGACCACUGGGCAGACUCUCCAGGCGACCUCCGAGAUCUCACUGUGACAGCCUUGAAUGAGAACAAGCUAACUAAGCCUUGGUUUGCUGGGUGAAGCAAGGACUCAAGGGUUCAAAGCCAAGAGGCCUGGACCAAAGGAAUAAAGGGAUUCAGGCCAAGAUGACUGUCCCCUCCCCUCCCCCCUCCCCCAUUGUAGGCUUUUGCACAUGCAAGUCCUGCUGGCUACAUUGCCCACUGGAUCAGCAACCUUGCUUCAUUUUGAGUAUAACAAUCAUCUUGGCCACACUGGACUGACCUACCAUGGCAGCAGUGGGCAGGAUGGGGAGGCUCAGCUGUGUACCACAGGGACAGCCAAUGGUGCUAGAAACCACCACCACCAAACCAACAAGAAGCAUCUUCCACCACUAAGAAUCUCUGUGGCUGCCGCUGCCUCUAAGAAAGGAAGAAAGGAAUCUGACAAGGGGCCAGAUCCUUCCUCCCUCCUCUCCUCUUUAUCCAACCUACUACUCUGGUUUCUUUCUCUAGCUGGGGCAUUCAUUCUACUUUAAUUCUUCAGUUCCUCUUCUGCCCUAGAGACAAGGUGGGAGAGGAUGGUCUGGCUGUUUUUCCUCAAGUGUCACAAAAAAUUGUGCUUGUCUAAGUGCUGAUGUGCUUGUAGGAUGGUUACUUCCUGGGAAAGUGUAACCUCAGGAUCAUCUAAGCCAUUAUAAAGUAGCAAAACAGGGCUAAUUAACUAGUAAAUCCAAGAUGACUUUAUGCUGUUCCUGAGUGGAGCAAACACUCUACAUACCAGUGUCUCUCACCCUGGGCAGCUUGAAGAUGUGU